AUGGUGCACAAUAUCCUCCUAACUGGUGCCUCCGGCUAUCUGGGCGGCAGCAUCCUGGCCCAGUUACGCAAUUCUAGUAGUGACAGAAUAGGGUGGCCAGUCCAUGUGACAAUCUACCGACUUGUUCGCAGCGAUAAUCAAGCCCAGACCGUCCGUGACUAUGGCGCCGAGCCUGCGUGGUUUGAUCCAGGAGAUGAAGUUGCCAUUGAGAGCUUCAUCCUAGACCACGAGGUGUCAGUCGUGGUUUUGUUCAUUGACGUCGUGAACGUCGAGAGGCAGACGCUGUUCAUCCGAGCUCUAGCCAAAUUGCAGCGACAGACAGGCCAGGAGUUCAUUUCUUGCAGAACAGUGAUCUAUUUAGCAGAGGAACUUGAUGUUAAGAGCUACAUCGUUGCCCCAUGCAUUGUGUAUGGCGAAGGAUUGGGGUUCGGUAACAAGAUUUCCGGCCAAAUUGUGUCUAUUGUCAAGGCGGCCAAGGAGGUAAGGCUUGUCUAUUGUAUUAACGAUAACUCUCCGACUUGGCCUGUAUGCCACAUUAGCGAUAACAAUGACUUCUAUAUUCGACUGCUUGCCGCCAUUCUCUCUGGGAGCACAACUGUUGGGUAUGGACGACGGGGCUACUACCUACCUUCGCCUGGCAGCGUAGCCUGGGACGACCUCAAUAGUUAUAUGGCGGUAGCUUUGGCGAAUAAAGGUAUUAUCGAAGACGAAAGAGUUACUAUGGCGGAUGAUGCAGCUCUUGAGGCAAUGAGUUGUGGGCUGAAAUGCCCCAAAGCCUAUGUGCGGGUGCAGUUGGCUGGCAAAUGCACAUUCACACUGAAGCACGGCACGGAAGCCCUGGGGUGGGUGCCCAAGUUUGCUCCUGAGCAUAUUCUGAAGGUUGCGGAAGCCGAGGUUGGACUCAUACUAAAGCACAUCUGA